UAUAUUUUAUAUUAUUAUUAUAUUAUCAUUAUAUAAGAAAUUCUCCCAAACAUAUUACUAUUACUUUUAUUAUGCGGGUAUAAAGGCAUUUCGCCUUAACGCAGACGGCAGACCAGCUAUUUUUGCCAUGUAUCGUUCCUACUGGCCAUCGCUAUCUUAUCUUAUUUUAUUUGUAAGACGAUUCUCACUAAUCCAUUUCUAUAUUGCUAUUAUUGUUUUAAAAUGUUAGUAAUUUUACAGACGUCGUGUCACUCGUGUGUGAUUCGUAUUUCGUGCUGUACUCGCCUGUACUGCUGUUGUCCGUAGUGUUUUCGUUUGUAGUUUCGUGUUCAAUUAUUCUGUUUUAAAAUGUCACAAAAACGACAAAGUGAAAUAAACUUUUUUUUAAAAAAGUUGAAAACAAGUGACAAAAAUAAUCCAUCUCCAAGUGAAGGUAUAGAAAAUGUAAGCAUGUUACCAACAGAGUCAGAGCCAGCUACAUUUUCUGAUUCGUGUGAAGUCGAUUCUAACAGUCAAUAUGAUAUCCCAUUUGCUAUUGAAGAAAAUGCAAAUCUAAAAAUUCGAAACGAUCCAAAUAUGCUUUACAAAUAUUUAAAAGAAACGUGGUCACCUAAACAAAAUCGAUAUAUGUGGCUUGAUUAUCACAGACAAAUUAAUAAAAGAGCAAAUACAAUCGUCCAAAAAUUAAAAGAAAUUGGUUUAAGUUUGGAAUUUUUACGAGGGCAGGGAUAUGAUGGUGGAGCAAAUAUGUCUGGUAAAUACCGCGGAGUUCAAGCUAAAAUCUUAAAUUUGCAACCAAAGGCAAUAUACACUCAUUGUGCAUCGCACCGCCUAAAUCUAACUUUAAUAAAAGCAUGUAGAAACAUGAUAUCGAAAGAAAAGUAUCGAUACUUUCACUUGGUAACGAAUGAAAUGAAAAUAACGAAACGUAACGACCGAAAUGCUCCUGCGAAGAGUGUCCUUGAUGUGGUGAUAUAGAUAUUGGCAAAUAGUGGUGUAUCAUGUCGACUGAGUGAUCCAGUAAUAGCUAAAAAUUUCUCAUUAUUGAUUGAUAUUAAUGGUA